AUGAUGCCGUCAUUGCCAAAUUGCUUUUCAAAUUUAUCAUCUACUUUUACUCUUCAAAUACUUUCUGGAAUUAUCUUUCUUUUUUGUACUCUUUAUUUGGUUUUCUCAAUUCAUCAUCCAUUUACGUUUAACAAAAUAAUUGUUGGAAUAGAUUUCAAACGUUGGCAAACAAAUGGCAACACAAAUAAUGAUAUUACAAAACUGCUUACAGGAAAUGAAACAAAUGUGAAGAUUCACUCAAGUAAUCUGAGCAGCGAGAGUUUCAUUUGUGAUUAUGACAAAAAUAAUGAUACACAUCAACAAACAAAUAUUGAAUUCAAAAAUCAUCGUUUAAAUGCACUUCGCCCUUAUUGUGAUAUUGUUCCAACACCACGCAAUACAUGGAUUUCAGCUAAACAACACGUAGAAAGUGAUAUUGUAUUUAUCAUUUAUACAGGUGCCUCAUUUUAUCAGAAUCGUGCAAUAGCAAUUCGAGAUUCAUGGUUAUCACGUGUUACACAUAAAUAUUUUUUUAGUUCGAUACCAUAUUCACCAUUACCUAUAACUGUUAUUGAAGGCGCUGGAGAAAACUAUAUGUCUAACAUGAAAAAAUUAUAUCAAGGAAUGCAAAUAGCUUAUCAAAAACAUAAGGAAACUGCAAAAUUUUAUUUUUUAGCAGGCUGUGACACAUUUGUUAACGUACCGCAUUUACUGAAGCGUCUUGAUUAUUUUAACCAUACGGAAGCUCUUGUUAUAGGUGGUAAUCCAUUCGAGUAUUCAUGUUAUAGACAGAAGAAUCAAGUAGUUCAAACCAUUUCAUAUCCAUCAGGUGGUGCUGGUUUUUUUCUUAGUGCGGCUAUGAUGGAAAUGAUGUAUCCUAAACUGGAUUCCUUUUUUCAAAAUCAUUGGCCAACAGAAAAAGUACCUUACAGUGAUGUGGCUUUGAAUUGUCUUGCAUAUUCACUGGGCGUUCGGCCAUCGUUCGUACCUGGCUUUUGGGCAUUUACUCCAGAACAAACAUUGAAAGACCAAGGACGAUUAAAAUUACAUGCUGAUCCUGAACCAAAUACGUUUCAUUAUGUUCCACCAAAAUCGAUGUAUAUUCUUGAUGAAUUCUAUGUUUUUCAGCAUGUUGAUCGAUUAGCAAAUGAUAAUAAUUUAAAUGAACUUGUCAAAUUUACUCGACAAUUCGUUGCUGCUCAUUAUGAAUUAUUACGCAUUAAAACAGCUGAAUGUACAUUACCACCAGUCAAAUCAACGUAG